AUGUCUUUACCACACGCUACAUAUACCGGACCCAAAUCAACUCAUGAAUUCGAAGUCGAUCCUUCUGACCCCAGGUACCAGACUACGGAGGGAAGAACUACUGGUGCUUCAGAUUAUGUAUUGAAACAAGGGCAUCAAGACGUCGAUAAACCUAGUGACCCAAAGAAGGUUGAUAACGUCAAUAGUAAGACAGGAAUCGAUCAAUAUACCACGCUUUCGCAACUGCGGAUGCAAUUGACCGGAUUACAAGACGAUAUCAAUGAGUAUUUGACUGAGAAGAUCAAUCACGUGAAAAAACCUCGUAACAGCAAGCAAGAACAAGAGAUAAACGAUCUAUUGGAUGGUUCUGAAGAAACCUGA